UGAAAUGGAUGCAAAACGCCAUUCCUGUGAUCAUGCAGAAGAAGACUUCAUUUACAUGGAAGUAGGCUCACAAUCAGCCAUCUUCAGCCACCACUACUCCAAAAGUACCUCUUCUUCUUCUUCACAUGCCAGAGAAUUUGAGUUCCAAAUGUCUAGCUCCUCCGAGAGAGACGCCGCGCCUUCACCGGCUGAUGAACUCUUCUACAAAGGCAAACUCCUCCCUCUUCACCUUCCACCACGUUUACAAAUGGUCGAGAAACUGUUGCAAAAUGCUAACAUCAGUAGUUAUGAUAGCAUAUUAGAAGAUACUUGUUUUGAAGAGUCUUUUAGUACACCAUUAUUCACCAACGCCUACAACACCCCAACAGCCAACAAUACUCCCUUUGAAUCUUGUAACAUCUCACCAUCAGAGUCCUGCCAAGUAAGUAGAGAACUUAAUCCAGAGGAGUACUUGAUCGAGUAUUCAACAGAAGCAAGCAGUUUUGUAGGUGAUCAAAACCCUAAAAGGUCUUGGACCAAGAAGCUUAAGUUGAUCAAACAGUACUCACUUGGUUCCAAGCUGAAGGCUUCAAGGACUUAUCUCAAGUCCUUGUUCAGUAAAUCUGCUUGCUCAAACGAGACCUGCGCAGCAGCCCCAAGAAAUCAUGUCGUUGAUGGAUCAGGAUCAGUGCUCAAGGCCAAUGAAUGCAUAAACAAGUACGUAAAGGUCGCAAAGAAAGCCCCUUUCGGACAAAUUCAGAAUGGCGGAAAGAAAGUGAGUGCAUCUUCUUCUGUGAUCAAGAAUUUUGACAAAGCAAACUUUGAUGAGAAUGGGGUUGGGGGCAGCGGUAGACAUCGGAGGUCAUUUUCAGGGGCGAUCAAAAGGAUAUCGAUGACUAGAUCUUCAUCUUCAUUAUCUUCAUCCGGUUCUUCUUCAGCUUCAAGUUCAACAAACUCCAAUGGAUUCCAAGAGCUGCAAUUUUUCAAGAGAAGUAACAGCGUGAACUCAGACCUUGAGAAUCCAAUACAAGCAGCAAUUGCUCACUGUAAAAGUUCUCAGCAGCUUUUCAACUCAAGAAAGACUGUGAGUGACCUUGGUUUCUGUUCCUUAUCCUCUGCAAGAGUUAUUUAUGAAGAUCAAAGGCCAGGGCUUUGCAGGGGUUAAAGACGUGGAGGAGUAGUAGGGGAGACAAAUUUUGAUUGGGUUAUGAUUUGAUUUCUCUUUUUUAUUUCCAACUU